AGCGAUGAGUAGCCAAGAGAUUAUUGUUCUCAACGUAGGAGGUGUGAGGUUUGUAACCCGGGCUUCUAGCUUGCAGCAGUUCCCUGAGUCCAGGCUAGCACGGAUGUUGAACGAUGAUGACAGGGAAUUUAAGCUGGUGAAAGGAGAGUUUUUUGUGGACAGAGAUGGAACUUUAUUUAGUUACAUCAUGGACUUCUUAAGGACUCUCCAGGUCUCCUUACCUACUGAUUUCUCAGACUAUCAGAGGCUGCAGAGAGAAGCAGAAUUCUAUGGGCUUUACCCUCUGGCUGACCUUCUGAGCCAGGAACACUUGCUGAAGCCAAGGCUGGAGAUAUUGGAAGUGUGUUUUUCUCUCCAAGAGAUGCAAGCGUUUUUCCGAAUCUUUGGUUCCUGCAGUGCCACUGUUGAGGCGCUAGCUGAACGGAUCACUGUGUUUACAGGGCAGCAGUCAGGACAGAGCUGGAACAGCCCUUUUCCUUCUCAGAAGCCACUCGUUCCACAUCCUUUGGAAAGGCCUUCUCAUCAUGACAUGGUUCUUCGCUGUGGUUCUGACUAUGCUGGUGACCAGUUUGUGACCAGGUAUGUUUCCAUAAAGCCUGAUAACAGAAAGCUGAUUAACGGUACUAAUGUGCUAGGCCUGCUCCUUGACAUGUUACUCAAAGAUGGAUUUCGCCUCAUAAGCACCAGGAUGGUCUCCAGUGAAGAAAAAGUGGAAUGCUACUGUUUUGAAAGGACAAAGAGGCCCACAGGCCUCACCCUCACUGUGCACCAAACCCCAGGGAGCUCCGGGGCUUCAGGGGCAACAAGAAGCCAAGCGCAGAAAGGGAAAUAAAGCCUUUUCCUUUCG